AUGGCGGAAGAAUCAAGCACUAGCAAUGCGGCGGCGGCGGAGGCGGGGGCGGCGGCAUCAUUGGGUCAUUCAGUGAUACCGAUAGUGAACAAACUCCAAGACAUAUUCGCACAGCUUGGAAGUCAAUCCACAAUUGAGCUGCCGCAGGUUGCUGUAGUAGGGAGUCAAAGUAGUGGGAAAUCAAGUGUGCUUGAGGCGCUCGUAGGUCGCGAUUUCUUGCCUAGAGGUUCUGAUAUAUGUACGAGGCGCCCUCUUGUUCUACAACUCCUUCAAACCAAGCCUAAUAAUCCUAAUGAUGCUGCUGAUGAUCAGGAAUGGGGAGAGUUCUUGCACCAUCCUGGCAAGCGUUUCUUUGAUUUCAAUGAAAUUCGUAGGGAGAUUCAGGUAUACAAGACUUUUAUGUUAGACAUAGAAUUUAGAGGCAAUGAAAAUCUUGACUCCAUUCCGUUGUAUUGA